ACAAAUAGAAUAGUAUCUCAGCGCAGGGCAGCGCUGAGUGUCUUAUAUACAUACUUUUAUUUUAUACUUUGAGAGUUUACUCGAGAAGCUGAAGGCCUCACCAGAGAGGCCCCACCCUCAGCCCUCAAACCAGCCUCAAGAAGCCCUCAAAGUCUCGAAUACGCCUCGAACACGGUAUUUCGGUGUAGUACUAUUAACAAUAUUGGGCGUAUCAGAAAUUAAAUGAAAUAAAUAAUGACAUCGGUUCAGGAAAGAUUAAAGUUAAAAAGAGCACCAACUGAUAUAUGGAAUAUAAGAGAACAACUAUGUCUUGCAUCAAGUGUUCUAAAAUCAGGAGAUCAAAAUUGGAUGAGUGUUUCUCGUUCUUUAAAACCAAUUGCUGAUAGAGAUUCAACAAGACCACCAGAUUGGUUUUCGCAAAAGUCUUGUGCACAGCAGUACGCUUAUCUUUUGGAAAAUGCUGAUAUACCAAAAAGAAAAAAAAGAGAAAGUGGCGAAACAACAAGUGAAUCUAUUGUCAGACGUUUAACUCAAGAUCGUAUAUCUGAGCUAUCUAACACUUUGAGCAGUCAACGUGAAGAGUAUUUACAAUUAAAAAAUGAGCUUAGUCUUUUAAAAAAUGGAACAAUAUCAGAUGAAAAACUCAAAAAGAUAUGGCUUACAAUUCAGCAAGAAGAAAAGGAUCAAGAACAAAAAUCAAAAAUUCAGGGAGAAUGGUUAACUAAACAGCAACACAAUAAGGAGCAACAGCUAUCGCAAACGCCUAAUGUUCAAAAUCUCCAAAAGAAAAAUAGUAAUAAUUCAACUCAGAUUCAAGAAGUAACAGAUGCAAAUAUUGAUGAAGAAGAGAAUAAAAGCAAAAGUGGAAGAUCAUCUCUUUUAACUAGCUUGUUAAAAUCACCAAGUCCAACAACUCAAAUGCAGAUACCAACUCAAGCAGCGGGUUCGCCAACUAUUGCAAGUCUUUUAUGCUCUAGUCCAAAAGUACCUGGUCCAGUAGUUAUACAAAAUGUAUCACAACAAUUACACCAAUUAGUCUCAAAUGUUAUUCCUAAUACAGGUCAAGAACGUCCUUCGGCUACUGCACCAACAUUAUCCAUGUUAUUAGAACAACCUUCUGCUAAUGCACAACGUACUUUGCAACUACAAAACGCAGCUGCUUCAGUAAGCUCUAAAAACUUACAAAAUUCUUCGCAAAUGGCCAAUACAAUACAAACAAGAUCAAAUAGAUCAAUGCAAGGAAGUGUUACACAAAUAACACAGGUACAGCAAGCAAUUUCACAUUCAGACCUACCAGGUAAUGAAAUACCUCAGAUUAUAUCUAAUCCUAUUGAUGAAGUCAUGCCAAAAGUUAUUCAACUGGAUAAGGAUGAAAUAAAUGAAAUGAUUGGGGACAUAGAAGAAUUAAUCAAAGAAGAAAUAACAAGUAGUCCUCAGAUGCUUGAAGUACCAAUGAAAACAACUGAAAUUACUGAUAAUUCAAAUCUACCUAUGUUAUCAUCAAUAAUUAAAGAACGUCCAGAACCAAGAAAUGUUGAUGAACCAGUUUCUUUAUCUAAUUCUCCUACAAGCGAAAUUUCUAUUGGAGAAAUAGAUUCUAGUACGUCUAAUAUUGCAGAGAUUAUAGGUACUUCAAUUAGGACUGUAGAAACUAAAGCUGAUUUACAAAUGCAAGAGCAAGAAGAAAAUAUAGAUAUAAUAUUCCCAGCAGUUGAUGCAAAUAAGGGUAUUAUGGAAUAUAAAGAUCUACAAGAUUUGAAACCUGAUACAAAAUUCACACAAGAAAUCGUAAAUAAGACACAGAAUGAAAUUGAUUCAUUUGAUUCAUUGCAAGAAAAAACAGGUGCUUUGAUAGAAAACCAAUCACUUAUUAAACUAGACGAGGUUUAUCAAAAUGAUAUUGAUGAUAGUAUCCUUGAUGAUAAUGUAACAAGUCAUGACAAAGCAAUAGUGCAAAUAGUCAAAAGUGAAAAGCCUAUUUUAACAAUAGACAACAGCACUGAAUUGGACAAAAACAUGUUUUCUCAAGUUGAAAAUAUUUCUAUGGGUAAAGAAAAUGAACAACAAGAAGAAAUGGAAGAAUCAAUAUGUGAUUCUACUAAGCACUCAGAAAACAAAGAUAAAGCAAUAAAUUCAAAUCUAAUGGAAGGCAAAUCAAUAGAAAAGAAUGUAGGUGUUUCAAAAAAGUGUGAACAAGAAAUGUGCUCUGAGCACGUACUAGAAUCAUCAAUGUGUGUUUCUAAAAUUAUCAAUGAAAUUGUCAAGGAUGUGGAAACACUAAUAGAAUCCACUUCUAAGGAACAGGAAAAUGCAAAUAAGAUGAUCACCCAGAGUCCUAAUGAAUUGAUCGUUGAAUCCUUGUCAAAAAUAGAAGUAAAAAAGCAAGAAAUCGACGAGACAAUAAUAAAAGAAGCGAACACUGUGAUCCACAUAGAGAAAAGUAAUGAUAGCAUACAAAAUAAUUCGAUAUUGCCAAAUGUCGAAAUAAAGAAAGAAAUAAUGGAUGAAGUAGUGGAUAGAACAGAUAUAAAAGAUGUAGAGUAUUUUAAAGAUGAGGUUGAAAUAAAAUUUGAACCAAAGAAAGAGGAUAAUGAAGACAAUGAAUGCAAGAAAGAAAAAGAAGACACAAUAAAAAGAGAAAUUAAUAAUGAAACUUUGAGGAAAGGGAGCUCAGAAUUUAUCACAAGUGUAGAUGAACUCGAUGAAGAAGAAUCAACUUUGAGUAAAUUAAGUGGAGGAAGAGCUAUGAAAACCUAUUCAAAAAAACAAAAUACCACAGUAGAUAGUGAAUCAGAAAUAGAAACGAGUGGAGAAACUGCUGACUAUCGAGCUUGGAAAAAAUCAAUAAUGCUUGUCUAUAAUAGAUUGUCUACAAAUAGAUAUGCUUCUAUAUUUUUGAGGCCAAUUACUGAAGAUCAAGCACCUGGCUAUCAUUCUAUUAUAUUCAGGCCCAUGGAUUUAUAUACAAUUAAAAAAAACAUUGAUAACGGUACAAUUAGAUCAACAAUGCAUUUUCAGAGAGAUGUUAUGCUCAUGUUUCAAAAUGCAAUUAUGUUUAACAAGCACAAUACACGUAUUCAUAAAAUGACAUUAGAAAUGCAAGAAGAAUGUCUUCAACAUAUGCAGGUUUUGGUGCAAGCUACAGGAGAAGGAUCAUUUAGAAGGGAAACAAGAACAGCUGCUAGUAUUAGCAAUGAAAUGGCAGAUACAAGUUUGAAAAGAAAAUGGACUCAUGUUACAUCCAGUCCACAUGAAUUAGAAAGUCCACGUAUAAAAAAGCGAAGGAAGUCUGAGAAUGAUUAAUUAGUUAUACUAAAGAGUAUUUUUUUAUAACUUGUAAAAAAUUAUGUAAGAAUAUGUUUUGAGUUUGAAAAUCAAACUAUUCAGUAAUAUUAACAGAUAAUAAUGCAUCAAAAUCACAUUUUUACAAUUUUUUUGAUUAUAAUUUUUUUAUCAAAAUCAUUAAAAUGUGUAUCGAAAAGUUAAAGUGAUAGAUGCAUGCUUUGUAAAUAAUGCAUUAUUUACCUAAUUUUGUAGCAAUAUUAAUCAUAGGUCCCAAUUUUAAUAAAAUGUGUAAACUUG